CUACGUCAAGCCUAAAUGGAAAGGGGAAAACAUCUGAACCCAGUCUCUUUCAGCAGGCUUGGCUGUUGCCUUGCAUCUGUCUCAAUCUCAGGAAGGAUGAAGGACCUAGCUUGUACUUCUGACUCCUAUGUGCAUGAACAAAGCCCCAGUAACCAGACAUCUAUAGCAAUGAUGCAAGAACCUCAGGAAAUGGUGGAAGAAACAGUUACUGUGGAGGAAGAUCCAGGCACCCCCACUUCCCACGUGUCUAUUGUCACUUCUGAGGAUGGAACAACAAGGAGAACUGAAACCAAGGUCACCAAAAUGGUCAAAACAGUCACCACUCGAACAGUGCGCCAGGUCCCGCUUGGACCCGACGGCCUGCCGUCGAUGGAUGGCUCGUCUCCCAUGGGCAGCUACACAGAUUCAAUAGACAGAAGGUAUAUGAAGAAUGGGGAGCGGUACAUCACCCCGCAGGCGUCGUCCACAUUGACCAGAUCUUACAACAGCUACAAUGAUUCCUACCCUGACAGCCACGAGGGCCAGUAUCGACCUUACAUCGGUCAUGAUGGUUAUGGAGACCUAGCAGAUAACUAUGGCAGCUUGUCACGUGGCGUCAACUACCGUCCUCGCUACGCCUAUGUGCCAGGAAACAGCUACCGGCCGGACGACGGGAGCUUCACUUUGCCGAGCAGAAGGGAUAACUAUGGUCCUGUUGCCCAGCCUCAGGUACCAGUGGGCAGCAGUGUUGACUUGAACCGCUCUCAGCCGGAACGUUUCCAGCCAGAGCCCUAUGGGCUGGAGGAUGACAACCGCAGCCUUGGGGUAGACGAUGAAGGAUAUGAACUGGAUCCGGAUUAUUCUACUGUGAACCGGAGGACAUCUGCAGGUGUGCCAGAGAGAGGAAGACCCCACAAAGGAAGGGGCUACGAUGACCCCAUUGAGACAGAGAUGGUGGAAGAGAGGAUCCCAUACCUCCAUGGCAGCUACGCAGCACCGCUGGCCCAGCCAGAGCGAGGAAGCAUGGCCAGCAUCGACCGCCUGGGGAAGCGCUCCCCCUCUAUUGACAGCAUUCGCAAGGACCCCAGGUGGAGGGACCCUGACCUCCCUGAAGUCAUUGCCAUGCUCAGCCACCCUAUCGACCCGGUCAAGUCUAACGCCGCUGCCUACUUGCAGCACUUGUGCUACGAGAAUGAUAAAAUCAAGAAGGACGUGAGGCACCUUAAGGGGAUCCCCAUCCUGGUGGGCCUGCUCGAUCAUCCAAAGCCAGAGGUCCAUCGCAAAGCCUGCGGGGCCCUCAGGAACAUCUCCUAUGGCAAGGAUAACGAAAACAAGGUGGCUAUAAAGAACUGUGACGGGAUCCCUGCUUUGAUCAGACUCUUGCGAAAAACAAAUGACAUGGAAGUCAGAGAGCUAAUUACAGGCACUCUAUGGAAUUUGUCUUCCUAUGAGCCCCUGAAGAUGGUCAUCAUCAACCAUGGCCUGCAGACGCUCACCAACGAGGUGAUUAUACCCCAUUCUGGCUGGGAGAGUGAGCCCAACGAGGACUCGAAGCCUCGCGAUGCUGAGUGGACAACUGUCUUCAAGAACACUUCUGGUUGCUUACGGAAUGUAAGUUCAGAUGGAGCAGAAGCACGCAGAAGACUAAGAGAGUGUGAUGGCUUGGUGGAUGCCCUCCUUCAUGCCCUACAGUCUGCAGUUGGCAAGAAAGAUACAGACAAUAAGUCCGUGGAGAAUUGUGUGUGCAUCAUGCGGAACCUUUCCUAUCAUGUCCACAAGGAGGUCCCUGGAGCUGAUAAAUAUCAAGAACUUGAUGCUGGUCAGACUGCAGGCACAGGAGGCUCUCAGAAAAAGAAGAAAGACGAUGCUGGUUGUUUUGGUGGAAAGAAAGCUAAAGGAAAGAAGAAUGGAGAUUUGGACAGGAAUUUUGAUACACUUGAUUUGCCCAAGCGGUCUGAGACAGCAAAAGGCUUUGAAUUACUGUACCAACCAGAUGUGGUCCGACUGUACCUUUCCAUCCUCACCGAAAGUCAGAACUUCAACACUCUGGAAGCUGCAGCAGGGGCUUUGCAGAAUCUCAGUGCUGGCAACUGGACUUGGUCCACAUACAUUCGUGCAACAGUGCGGAAAGAGAGAGGUUUGCCAGUGCUGGUGGAGCUACUCCAGUCCGACUCUGACAAGGUUGUGAGGGCUGUGUCAAUUGCUUUGAGAAACCUUUCCAUGGAUCGCCGCAAUAAAGACCUUAUAGGUAGUUAUGCCAUGAGUGAGCUGGUUAGAAAUUUGCCUAGCAGGCAGCAGAGAUCUGCAAAGAACCUGGAAGAGGAUACAGUGGUUGCUGUAUUGAAUACAAUCCACGAAAUCAUUACUGACAGCUCAGAAAAUGCAAGGUCUCUGAUCCAGACACAGGGCAUUCAGAAGCUGGUGGCAAUCAGCAAGUCAAGCCAGUCUCCUCGAGAAACAAAAGCAGCGUCUCACGUUCUUCAGAUGAUCUGGAGCUACAAGGAGUUACGAAAUGCUCUGCAGAAAGAUGGCUGGAACAAAUCACACUUCCAGUCUGUUUCUGCAACGCCAAAGAGUUCCAAGGCUGCUGCUGGCAGGUCUGGCUAUGAUGACAGCACUUUGCCGCUGGUGGAUAAGAGCCAAGAUAAUGAGAAAACUGGGAGUCGUGAUAUGAUACCUAUGGAUGAGCUUGGCCCAGGUAAAUUCAGUCAUAGAUCAAACCUUGUGUCUGUUUCAGUAGAGCACACACUUUCACUUACAGGAAAGUUCAACUUUCCUUUGAGUCAUACUCUCUCAGAUGGAUAAAGUUGACAUUUAAAA